AUGUCUAUAAAUUUUUUGUUUCCAGUUGUAUUUUCAAUACUAUUUUUAAAAAUGAAAAAAAGUAGUCUUUCUGUUAGUGGAUUUCAGAAUCAAAUUACAAUUUGCCGAUUUGAUAUAUAUUACGGUCUUGAAAUAAUAAAACAUGAUAAAAUUCAGAUUUAUUUUGAAAAUAAUUACAUUUUUGAUACUAAUAAUGUACUUCAAUAUUCGUCAUUUCAGCGUGUUUUUUAUAAGAAUGGAAAUUACAUUUACGUAUCUGAUUUGUUAUACGAUAACAACAUUAUAAAUAUACGUCCAGAAGGUUUUAAGCUUCUAGCAAAGCUAAAUAUAAUAUUUAAAGAUAAAGCUGAUUUUUUGACUGCUAAAUAUAAUAAAAAAGAAGAAAAAUGUAGUGUAUCUUUAAAAUAUGAUGAAAUUAUGCCGUGUGAAACAUCGCAGGUUAUAUUUUUGAAAUUGGUAUAUAGAUUUGUUCAUAGCGGAAGAAAAGAUUUUUUUAUUAAAUUUAAAAAAACUUUACCAACUUUUUUUUGUGACGCUCUUGGAAAAAAUCUACCAAUUUCUUUUAUAAAUGAUCUUAAACAAAAAUCAGAACUAUGGCAAUUUACAUUUAGUACAUUGUCUUAUGAUUAUUUUAAUAAUAGUGAAAAAAUUUUGAAGGAUUCAAAUUUUUUUAGUACUAAAGAUCAAAGUAUUUUAAAUUUAAUGCUGGCGGAAUAUAUUUAA